CAUUAAAAGCUACAAAAUUAAUAAUAAAACUUAGUUGCCAUGUUGCACACAAUCGAUGAAAUUGACGCGCCAACAGCAACAGCAGCAGCAACAUUAACAUCAACGCCAACAACAACAGCAAUUAUGGCCCCGACAGAAACAACUGGCAAUGGAACGGAGCCAACAAUUUCAACGCACCUUGCGAACGCAACGGCGACAAUAGAACCAACAACAACAGUCGCAAACGCAACAGCAGCAGUGAGUGCAACGGAACAAGAAACAUUCGCUGCUUUUGUCGCCCCCGCAACCACAGAAGCAGAAGCAGCAUCAUCCACAACAACAGCAUCAGCUGAGGGUCAAGCAACAGCAACAACGGCAACAAUGACAGUGACAGCUAACAAUAUAUCGACGCCAUUGCCGCUGACGCUGUCAGCUGCUGUCGAGCUCACCGAAUUAGCAACAACAGCUGAUGGCGUCAGCGUUGCCAGCCUGUCCCAACAAACCGAUGUAGUGGCAGAGACGGAGGCAGAGCCAGCAUUCGAUGUUCAGAUGCGUACGCAGCAACAACAGAAAAUUAGAAUUUAUCACGGCGCCAAACAGAGCGCCGUUUGGCGAACCGAUUCGCUUGCAUCCAAUCCGAGCAUCAAUCGAAGCGGCGAAACAGGCUCAACGGAUUCUAAUACCAGCAACACUAGUCGAGGCAGCGGUGGCAGCAGCGUUUACUAUGCAACAACGCCCAGUCUGUUGCAACGUAAAAUCUCGGAUAGCGCAUUCAAUGAGGCAGCCGCCAUGCCGCGUCGCGUCUCAUUCCCGGAAAGUGAUAAGGAGCUCGUCACCGGAUAUCUCGAGCCGACCAAUCCAUGGGAAAAAGUCUAUCAGGUGUCGAGCAUUGCUGAGAUCACUGAGCUGUAUGUGCAGUCCUGCUAUAAGCAUCACACCCAGCCACUUCAAAUUGUCAUGGAGCAUUUGAGUGGUUUGGAUUUGCAGCUGAUGCGACAACCGCUGCUAUCCCUCAAGGGCGUUCAGCUGACGCCCAAUGACUGUGAGCCGCUGGAGGAGAUAUUCAAGCUGAUCCAAUAUAAAGCUAUCGAUUUCUCCGAAUGCCCGUUGGACGAGAGCUGCCUGCGUGCGCUGUGUGAGAUGAUUGAUUACUAUGAGGCUGUCAAUGAAUUGGACAUCUCGUACAACAAGGAGCAGAUGACGCUUCGUGGCUGGGGCCACUGCACUCAUAUGAUUAAGCGCAGCCAAGAGUUGCAGCUGCUCAAUGCCGAGGGCAAUCAGAUAUCGAAAGUGGGUGCCGAGAAUUUGGGUAUUGCGCUGAGCACCUCCAAUCUGCACACGCUCAAGCUGGAGCACUGCGGCCUCAAGGGACCACCACUCACUAGCUUUUGUGAGUAUCUGGGCUGCAAGUUGUACCACAAUAAAAUACUUAAGGAGCUGUGGCUGGGCUACAAUGAUUUGGAUUGCACCGAUGCCCAGCAUAUUGCGGACAUGUUGCGCUUCAAUCACACCAUCGAGCUGAUCGACAUCAGCAACAACAAUAUACGAGACGAGGGCGUCAUGUAUCUGGUGCAGGCACUCAUCAUGCAGGCCACAGAACUUGAACGACGCAGUGGCCUGCCGCUGAAGCGUACCCAGGCCAUUGAGGAUGAUGAACCCAUGUCGCCCGCAGAGACAUCAGCGUCGUCCUUGUCCAUGCCAAGCCACAGUGAUCAGUGCAACAGCAAUGGCAGCAACGGAAGCAGCAGCAACGGCAGCAGCAGCAACCUAAUGCAAUCUGAAUCGCAUGCCAGCGCGUCCAACACACAAUCAGAUGUCGUUGAAGUUGUGGCGACGUCCGUCGAGCAACUGGCAAGUUUGGCAACCACAGCAGAAGAGGGCAGUGGCAGUGAGCCAGCUGUGGGUAUCCUGGUGGAUGUGGAAAAUGAUGCGGACGAUGACAAUACCGAGGAAACGGUGCGCACUCUGAGAAGCGGCAAUCCGAGUGCGACUGGUCAAUCUAUGCUGAGCAAAUUGCUGUCCAUGAACAGUGAUAGCAGCAGCGAGGAGCCAACAUCCAACAUAUCCACCGAUACACUAGCCGCCGCCUGCUCCGAGGACAUCAGUGAGAACAGCAAUGAUAUUUGUGAGCCUGUUGGCAAUUUGGAAAAUCCAGCAGCAGCAACAAUAGCAACAGCAGCAGCAGCGACAACAUCAACGGAUGAGUCCACAACAGAGUUGUCGGAAGUUUUCAACAUGCCAGCAACACUGGACAGUCCAAGCUUGGAGCAGCUAACUCCACAACAACAAGAGCAGCAGCAACAACAACAACAACAACAGCAGCAGCAAAGUUCCCAAAAUGAACGCAACUUAUGUGAUAUUACUCCCUCAACAGAGGCUAAAACCGUUGAACCCAAUGAAACCUGUGUACAGAAUAACAACAAUGCUAAUUCCCACAAUAACACCAAUAAUACCAACAACAAUAAUAUUAAUAAUAACAACAACAACAACACCAACAAUAAACAUAAUAAUAAUAUUGUAUUAAACCAAAUACCGGAGGCGGCAGCAGUUGGCGCCAAUUCGAGCGGCUCUGCAGCGAUUUAUGAGGUAACCGCUGAGGAGAGCGACUGCAUCAAUGGCAUCGAUGCGGGCCCAAGUGGCUCACGUCCACUGGACAUGAAUAAGAAUGCGAAGGCAGGCGAUGAUUUCGAGGAUACGCACAGCACGUAUUCGGCAUUUGAGAGCACCUCCGAGGGUGACAUUAGUCGCCAUCUGCCCGACGAGUUCAGUAGCUUGUCCGUGUCGCUGGAGAGCACGAGACUCGACGAUCUGACCAAAGAGAUGGCCAUUGAGACGGCCACUAUAGCCAGUGAGUCAACCGAGUGUUUGCUCGUCGCCGAGGAGGCAGGGAUGCCGCCAGCGUCAGUUGAGCCAGAGCCGAAGCCGGAGACAGCAGAAGUAAUUGUGGCAACGAUGACGCCGUCGACGUCGACGACGGUGGCGGCGGUGUCGAAGGUAACGAUUGAUGCCAAGGAGAAGGAGCCCAGCGCCAGUCCUUGUCCCAGUCCAACGCCCACACCGCCGCCGCCAUCGACAUCACCGGGCGGCGUCAGCAGCGGCCUGCGACGCACCGAAUCCAGUUGCGCCUACCUCAACCAAUCGACACGCAAUCGCUCCCAGAGCUCGGAUAGUUUGUGCAGCGAGAAUUCGCUGGAUGGCAGCACGAGCAGUGUCGCUGAUCCGCAUCUCGCCGAGAAACUGACCAAAAACGAUACGCUCUCGCGACGACAUCUGGUCGAUGCCACACUGGAGGCGGCAAAUCGUCCACCGAGUGGCCUUAAGGCGCUCGCCCUGUGGAGCAAUAAUCUGUCUAAGGAUUGUGGACCACACAUUGCCGAACUGUUGUCGCGCAGCUCGUCGCUGGAGCUGUUGAACAUUGGCAAGAAUUGUUUGUCCAACGAUUUUGUGGCCACAAUCAAGGACAGCCUGACCAAGAACACAGCCCUAACGACGCUGGGCCUGCAGAGUGCCCAUCUCAGCGCCAAGGGCAUCGAGACGCUCGCCUCCAUUCUGACCUUUGGUGGCAACAGGAAACUGCAGCGCAUCGAUAUACGUGACAAUAAACUGGAGGUGGAAAGUCUGAACAUAAUCGCCGAGGUGCUCAAGUCCAACAAGACCGUCACCCAAAUCGAUAUCAAUGAUGAGCCCAAGCGUCUAACGUUGCCAAUAGUGCCGAUAGUAAAUGUUAUACCGCCAACGCCAAUGUCCCAGGAUAGCAUUGGCAGCGAUGCGCAUUUGGAUUAUACGCGAGCACUGGGCACAGUGCGCUUGAUGUGCUCGCGCAAUGAGAAAAUGCAGGCGGAGGAGCUGGAGCUGGCGGAGAAGGCGGCGAACGUGGGCGUUGGCUGCAGCAGCAACAACAACAGCAACAACAGCAGCAGCAACAACAGUAACAACGAUAGCAGCAGCAGCAAUGGCAAGGUCAGCAACAUCAGCAGCAGCAACAAUAUAAAUCGGUGUCGGGGCGGUUACUACUUGGGCUCGCGGAAAAUCUCGCUGACGUGCCACAGCCGACCGCUGGUGGACGCAGCGACUGGCACUGUGACCGCUGCUCUGGCAGUAACCGCAAUGCCAACGCCGGCUGCCAAACUGGAGGCGAGACGCAAGACAAAUGCCCGUCUGCGCUCGCCGGGUCCCAGUCCGCCCACGAUAUCGCCGUCCUCCUCGCCCAAUCGCAGCCGCUUUCAUGUGUCGCGUGUCAGCGAAAUUAGCAGUCCAUUAACAUCGCCGCUGGCCCAAAUGCCGCCACAGACGCAGACGCAGACGGCGACGACGACAAUGACAAUGACAACGACAGCGCCACGAUUGGCCAGCAGCAGCUGCAUGUCCAUACCGGGCAACAGUAACAGUAACAGCAGCAGUGGCAGUGCCAGUGCCAGUGGCAGCCAGAGCAGCCCGAAUGCGCUGCUGCCGCUGCCCACAUCCAGUUCGUUGCCAUCGAUGGCAUCGGUCACCUCGUCCGUGCAGACCGUCAAGCGAUUGUCGGUGUCGCCCCGAUCUCGUUUUCAUGUGUCGCGCAUCUAUGAGGAUCCGCUGACGCCGCCAAUGUACUUGCCGCCCACACCGAUGCUCAAAUCGGCACGCAAAUCCGCUCAGCUGGCUGAGGCACAAGGAUCAACAACAACAGCAACAACUGCGGUAACAGCAGCAGCAAUGGAAACAGCAGCAACAACAGUAGCAACAGCAGCAGCAGCAGCAUCUCCAGUAACCGCAGCGACUACAACAACAACAGCAAUGCCCAUCAGCAGCGUGACGAUUGUUGAACCCUCACCCACCGCCGUUGCCGCUGCAACAGAUGAGAACAACGACAACGAGAACGCACACCACCAACCAAGUACAAAUGGCGACGAGGCUGCUGCCCAAAAGCUGUCGCCAAACUCGCCGAGCACAUCAUCCAGUUCGUGCAGCACCUCGCCCACAUCCAGUGCAACAAACAGCAGCAACAACAGCAGCAGCAGUUACUCGGAUGUCACCGAUGGCAGCUCGUGCAGCAGCAGCUCGGAUCUGGGGCCGCUUGUUGCUGCCAAAAGUUGCCCCAUUGCAGUGUUUGGCGACAAUGAUAUAACGCUGACCAAAGAAUCGGCUGCCAGUGUGGCGCUCUCGGCCGUUGCCACCAACAACAAUGCAACAAAUACAGCGCCGACUGUGGUGGUGCAAUCCCAACCACAACCACCAACAACACGUGCACGCAAAGCCUCCUGGAUUGCCAAUCCAACGACGGUGGACAAAUUGCUGACACUCUUCAAUCCGAGCACCAUGUUUCAGCGCAGCUCAUCGCCGGAAUCGAAAAGCAAUGCUGCUUCGGCAGCAUCGCAGCUCACGAACACAAACGCACAGAAUACAGCAACAAAUGCAGCAGCGUGCGGCAGCGGUGAUGUCAACGUGACGCGCAAAAUGACGCCGCCAUUGCGCAGCAGCAGUGGUAGUGGCAGCAAUCUGAUAGCAACAGCGGGAGCAUCAGCAGUCGCAGCAGUAGCAGCAGCAGCAGCCGCCGGAGCCGGCGGAGCAGGAGCGGGUGGAGGUGGAGUUGGAGCAGUGGCAGCUGUAACAGAUGCGGGCAGCUCAUUCCUGGACACAGCGUCACGACAGCUGAGAGACUUUAAGAAGCAGGUGUUCCGUCAGAACCUCUCGUUCAAUAAUAGUGGCGACAAUUUAGCCAUUGGCACACAGCUGGAUGUCAAUCCCAGUGCUGCUGCCAUGACAACAUCGCCCAUAUUAUUGAGCAAUGUGGUUGAGUCACAAGCGCCGCCCGAAUGCGGCAAUGCCGUCCACAUGCCACUGAGUUUGAAGCGUGAGCUCAAGGAGAACAUCUCGCCGGAGCACACCAUCAACGAGGACACGUUGCACACGCUGCAAAAGCUGUCGCGGGUCGAGGAUGCAACGCUUAAGGCCGAGGCGGCCGCAGAGCUGGGCGACAUUGAGAUUGUGAUGCACAGCGAGGUGUCCGACUGCAUGCCAGAGGCGGAGCAGGAGAACCAACACCAGCAGCCGCAGCAGCAGGAGGAUCUGGGUUAGGUUUAGCUGCCUAGCAACAAAA